AUGUCGGACUUUUUGUGGAAGUUGAUUGGGAUGAACAUUGGCAUUGGCCUUGGCAUUGGUGUGUGGCUUUGGUGUUUGUUCUCUUGGUUUUCCAAAAGUCAAAUUUGGGAACCAACCGGAGAGGUCCAAGUGUCGCCACCAGAUGAAUUUGAGCCAAGCGACGAGACGCAAGAGACUCAAACCGAGACCUUUGAGCCAAUCAACGAGACUGCUAAAGAGAUUCCACCACCAAAGGAACUCCCGAUUGACGAUUUGAUUUGUCCCAUUUGCUUGGAGCUUCCAUGGGAUCCUGUCAUUGCGGAGGAUGGAUGUAUUUAUGAUCGACCGUUCAUUGAGACACAUAUGGAGAGCCAAGACGACCAAAAUCUCAAAUCGCCGGUCACCAACCUGCCAAUGGGCCGCCGCCUCAUUCCUGUGAUCCGGAUUCGCAAUCACAUUGAGAUUUUGGUGGAGUCGGGCGUCAUUAGUGGAAAUCACGCUGCAAAGUGGAACGCGAAGGUUCAAGAGAAGAAAGUCAUGGAAAAGUUUCUGGCGAAGGCAGAGGGCGGAGAUGCAAUGUUUGAUGUAGGGCAGAACUAUGAAUUCGGUUUCCGCGGUUUCAAGCAAGAUCACACAUUGGCCUUUCAGUGGUACGAGAGAGCGCACAAGGCUGGAAAUGCUGCGGGUACUGCAAGUUUGGGGGGUUGCUAUCUUGAUGGGAAAGGUGUGGCCCGGCAACAGUCACUUGGAUUGGAGCUCAUGUCCACUGCAGCUGACCAAGGUUCCCCCACUGCCGCUUUCAUUUUGGCAAUGUAUGGUAUUGACAACGGACGAUACAGGUUCCGUAGACUUGAGCGUGGACAAAGCACUGGCAAUCCAUUAGCUUGA